GCAGGAUACAUUCCAGAAAUAUCAGAUCACUUCAUCUUGCACACAGUGAGCACACGCAGGUGUGCAGGUGGAGCGCACAACGUGCACGCGCACUGCGCGUGGGCGGGGCUUGUGUUCGCGCGGCUGAAACGCCUGACAGGUUUCGAACGUCGUGAACUUGGACGCUGAUCGAAACUCCGGGAAAAGUUUUCCAGUGAACAAGCAUGGCCACCGAUUUCACCCAGGAGUCGGUGCUGCGUUUUCUCUUGCGCAACGAAGGAACCGUGCGGAACGUGGAUCUGCUGACCCACUUUAAAGCGUAUCUGAGAGAGCAUGAGGACCGAGUGCGGAACCGCGAGCUGUUUAAAAGGUACGUAAACGCCGUGGCCACGGUGAAGCAGGAGGAUGGAGUUUCUUAUGUCGUGUUAAGGAAGAAGUACCGACCGCAUCUGGGAGACGUCGCCACCAGCGCGGCCUCGGCAGAUAGGCGGGCUGAUAAGAAACAGGAAGGCGUUGGACGCUUCAAGGCAGAAGUGAGUGCUGCCAAACCCAGCCACGGUGAGAAUCCCUGUCUGAAAACUCAGCUCUCACAAGUUCAUAACACGGACCAAAUCUUGCCAGUUGCAGGGAUUGUAAACAACAGCAGAAAUCAUACUGACAAUAUUUACUUGGACAAAGCUUUCCAAACCUCGUCACAUCAGCCAUGGGAACAAAAGGUGUCCUCAGUCCCCAGCAAAGACAGAGCUAUAAAUACAUGCACUCUGGGCAUGUCUUCAUAUACUAUGGACUCGAAACGCUCAAGUGGGAGCGGCCAGAGCUUUGACCAGCCAUCGGAGGUAAAAGGAAUGGAGGAGAAGGCAAAUCCUAAACACAAUGGUGUUCAUGGUGCCAAACCUGGACAAUUGCGAGAAGCAGAUGGCUGCAGCCAGAAGUCCUUUUAUCCCCCUCCAGAUUAUCCACACUGUGAGGUGAGUGUGACCCUUCCGUCCAAGGACACAGCACACAAACACACCCUGCCUGGCUCUUUUCAGUCAUUUGAUGAAAAUCCGUCUUGUGCUUGGCCUUUUCCCAUCCCUCUCAGACAGUCACAAAUUUCAGCUUCCAGUCCGUGUUUAAUUGAAAUCCCUAGUGAUGCUUCCUACUUUGAUGCUUAUAGACAGGAUGGCCUCAGCCAGAGCAAUGACAGUCUGCUCAGGCCAGAUUGCAAUGGUCAGACCACAGGCAUUUACAUACAUGAACAGGAGGACUAUGGAACAAAGGCAGCAGCUCCAGUCAGUCCUGCUCCCCAGAGGAACAGUCUUCCUCUGGAAACACCCCACCCACGUGUGGCUUCCAGCUACCUGGAGCCCAGAUGCCUUCAAGGCCGGUCUUCCAGCCAAAAUAGCCUCCUCCUCCCUUCUUCCAUUAACUCUGACUGGCCUCGAGCAUUUCCACAGGACAACUGGUCCAGUGAUGAUGCACUGAAUUAUCGUGGUGUUGUUUUGACAGAAGGUGGGAAGCAGACUCAGGCUGGCACCCAUCGUUCCCAUGAGGUCAGGCUACUGUCACAGCUAGAUCGCCAAGAAUGCCAGCUCACACCAUGGCACCACUCAACUGGGCACCUUCAUGACGAGGAACCCCAAGCAUCUCUUCCAAGUUCAGCACCAGAUGAGAGCACCCGCAACAGACCUGUUGCCCGGCGACUGUCUCACCGGCUGCGAAGCCGGAUGUGUCGAAGCCUGGGAGCAGAUCUGGACCAAGCAUUUCGGGAGGAUGGUGACACAGCCCGGCUCAAACGACUGCACCGGAUUACCUCUUUUCUUAAUGUCUCCUCCAGCCGAACCCACAGCCCCCUGGACAGUGUGUCCCCUGCCAGCUCUGUUCGCAGCCUGGGUCAUGACUCAUUGUCCUGUGGCCACAGAAACACCCAGGUUCCCUUGGAGCCCCAGGAGCAUGAGUGGUUUGUGAAAGCAGCUUCAGGAAUCUGGACUGAUGUUUACGCCCUUUUCAGAGAGGAUCCAAGCCUGCUGGCCAAACGGGACUUUGUGUCAGGCUAUACUGUACUGCACUGGAUUGCCAAGCAUGGAGACCACCGGGUAUUGAACACUCUGUGGUAUGGUGUGCACAAAGCAGGGAUGAAACUGGAUGUGGAUGCUAGGAGCACGUGUGGCUACACACCACUGCACCUGGCUGCUAUUCACGGCCACAAAAAUCUGCUGCGGCUCCUAGUGCACAAGUUCAAGGCUAAUGUGGCCCUCAGGGACAACAGUGGUAAGAGGCCUUGGCAGUAUUUGGAAAAAAACAGUGACAGAGAUCUGUUGGAGUUGCUUGGUGCUCCCCUGGGGAUGACUGGGGGUAACGCAGGGGUACAGUGGUCCUUAGAUAGACCCCCAGUGGUACCUGUCAACAGAUCAGCAGCUACAGUGAAGAGACACUCAUCACUCGCUGCACUAUUCAAACACAAGUCCCAACUUAGAGUUCCUGCCAAUGUAGAGUUCCUCUAAUAGAAACAUGGUCUCAGGCUUCAGUCUUGGGAAACUGAAACACUGCACAGUCUAGUAUUUUCCCUGCCCCAAUACAGCUGAUUAACUUCACAAAGGGUUUUAUAGUCGGAUGUUGAGUUGAAUCUGACUCUGCAAUGCUUUGUUUUCUCUUUGAACUGAAGCUUGUUUUACCAAGUAUAUUAGAGACUAAAGAGUCUGUCUAGUCUGUCUGCUUACAUAUGUUGGUUUUGGAUUUCAUGAUGAAAAUACAUGCACAUGUUCCACUUGUUCCUCCUUUAGCUGAAAGCAUCAAAUGGGAUACUGAAGGUAAAGGUUUAACAGUUCACUUUUUGUAAGUUUAGCAUACAGUAUUGAAAUUCUCACUUUGUAAGAAGGCUUUAUGUUUAUCUACACAAUAUAUUAAAACAUUUUGGGUGCUUUAAAAGUGACGAGUGAUCUCUUUCUGUUAUUUGAAACAGUGUAGUUUACCUAGCAAAAUUCCCCUCACCAUAGAAGAGUACUGAAGUGAAUUGUUGUGUAUACUUGGUGCCUUGGUGUUUGCUUUGCUCUUCCAAAAUUAACUUGAGUUCUACCAGUCGCCUUUUGCUCAUUAUUUAUCCUUCUCAUUAUUUAUUAAUAAUCAUGUAUCUAAUCCUGUAUUUCUACUCUAAUAAUCUUGUUUUUCUAAAGGAUCCGACUGCUGUAACACCCAGUUUUUUCAAGUUGAACUUGAAGAAACAAGUGGAAUUUGCUUCCUAACCUGUGCUUCUUAAUCUAGAGGAAAAACCCUGACUUAAAAAAACACCCAGCUUCUGCCAAAGCCUCUGUCCUGUGCUCUUUCACUUUCCUCAUUAAACUUCCAGGAAUGUGAUAAAGUACCUAGUAUGAAGAGUGAAGCUACAAUACCUCCAGUAUCCUUCCACAGUUCUUUAUGAAUGCAGGACUAUGAUUAUUUCAAAACAGCCUCCAUAAAAUAGCAUUUGAGCUAUUUCCUUUAAGUUUAAUUGACCUUUUUACGCAAAUGCUAGCCUGUGCAUUAUAGUAUGACAUGUAUAUACAUCCAAAUAGAAUAUCAGUUUUUAUUAUUGGAAACAAGGUUUGCAUUCUGGGAUAUCUGCUGUAAGAUAGAUCGAUGUUAGCCUUCAGUUUUUUCACUGUGUGGGUUUAAUGUUUUACCAUCUGGCCCCAGCGUUUAUUCUGGAAUACGCUGAAUAAAAAUUGAGGUCUUAAAGCUUUUACUGUUCGAAAAGAACAUUCCAUUUUGGUUGUUGCUGGGGUGAUACCAUGGCAGCGUGUACUUGGAUAUAUUGUACAUUAAAGCUUUCCAGUAAAACUCA